UUCACUCUCUUCUUCUUCUUCCCUUACUACUGCGGCUAGGGUUUUACACUCUCUUCUUCAAACCUCUCUCUAAUCCUUUCAUAUCCUCUCGAUCUGUAAUUCAUAUUAUGGAUUUUCACUGUUAGUCUUUAUUAUCAAACCAAAAUUCAAAAACAAAGAGAAUAAUAAGGGUUUGUUGUUGUUGUGAAUUUUUCCAAAAUGGCGACAAUUAACCCUUUUGAUUUGUUGGGUGACGAUGCUGAAGAUCCUUCACAGUUGAUUGCUGCUGAACAACUCAAAGCCGCGGCUGCAGCCGCCGCCGCUCCCAAAAAGGGUUCCGAACAAGGCAAACAAGCUGCUCCCAAAAAGGCUGCUGUUUUGCCUUCCAAACCACUUCCUCCUUCUCAGGCUGUGAGAGAGGCAAGAAAUGAACCAUCUCGUGGUGGCCGUGGAGGCGGGCGAGGAUUUGGAGGAGGAUAUGGACGUGGUCGUGGUGGUGGCGGCUUUGGACGUGACUUUUCCAAUGACGAUAACUCCAACUCCUCUUCACUGCCUGCUCCUCCGGCUAAUCAAGGUUCUUUUGAAGGAGAUACUGGGAAUCCAUCUGAAAGGCGUGGUUAUGGUGCUCCUCGUGCUCCCUACCGUGCUGGUGGAGGCGGUGGUCGUCGUGGAGGAUUUAGCAACGGCGAGGCUGGUGAAGAAGGACGUCCACGAAGGACAUUUGAUCGCCACAGUGGGACUGGACGAGGUGGCGGAUUCAAACGUGAAGGUGCUGGACGUGGAAAUUGGGGAACUCAGUCGGAUGAAAUUGCUCAGGUGACUGACGAAGUUGCUAAUGAAACUGAAAAGAAUGUGACUGAGGAGAAGCCUGCUGGCGAAGAAGACGCAGCCGCUGAAGGAAACAAAGAAACACCCGCUAAUGAAGCGGAAGAAAAGGAGCCUGAGGACAAGGAAAUGACUCUAGAAGAAUAUGAGAAAGUGUUGGAAGAGAAAAGGAAAGCCCUGCAGGCACUUAAGGUUGAGAGCAGAAAGGUGGACACUAAAGAGUUUGAAUCCAUGAAGCCUCUUUCAUGCAAGAAAGAAAAUGACGAGAUCUUUGCUAAACUGGGAUCUGACAAGGACAAACGCAAAGACGCCUUUGAGAAGGAGAAGGCAAAGAAGGCUCUGAGCAUCAAUGAGUUUCUGAAACCUGCUGAAGGAGAGAAGUAUUACAACCCAGGUGGGCGCGGUGGUCGCGGACGUGGUGGACGCGGUGGUUCAAGGGGAGGAGGAGGAGGUUAUGGUGGAAAUGCCUACGGCAAUGUGCCAGCCCCAUCUAUUGAGGAUCCUGGUCAAUUCCCAACUUUAGGUGGUGGCAAGUGAGAUAAUAUUUCAGAACCAUUUCCCCUAUCCCUUUAUUUACCUUCAAUUUUGGGUUCUCUUAUUUGAACUUGUUAAGACAAAGACAUGUUUUGGUAAUUGGAUUUUAAUAUUAUGAGUUAGAAGAAUCUUUAUUUAUCUUUUUUUGGAUGUAUAUUUAGGUUGUUCUUCAUUAGGAGGUCCUUGUUACCUUUGUAACAUUUACUCUAAUGUUUUGAUGUGUUUUGACAUUCUAGGGGUUAUAUUGAGUUAAAUGUUUUCA